UAGAAUCCUAUUACACUGCUCAAUGACUGCCGGCUCAUCAGGCUGCAGCUUUGCUCAUUCAUGCAGAGUUACUGAGCCUCUCAUGCCAUUUGGUUUCCAAGUGGCACAGCAUGCAACCGAAAUAUGAUGGCAAGCUCUCUACCUCGGGCGCCGGAUACCCCCUUCAUGAAAGCGGGAAAAGGAUGCUUUAUACAGGUCCUAACUAUGUGAGAGAUUACAGAGCUAAGCUUCCUGAUUGCAUCACAUACAUUGGAGAAGGAACAGCGUCGGCUGAAAGAACCAGUGAAGUGGAUUACUUGUGUCGUGCUGCACCAGGCACCCCCGCACCACUGCCUAAAAACAGUUAUGUAGGGGGCAUAGGCUGGGGAGUGUCUGCAUUCAGCAUGAUCAACAGAGAUCAACUUUGUAGUGGCCAUCAGAUCAAGAUCGGAGACUUUCGCCAAGCCUGUGAAGAUAAAAUAGCGCACCAAUAUCAAAAUCCCUGGCAUCCCCUGCCACAAAUUCUUGAUGCACAGGGAUUUGGAUCACGGGCUACACUAGCAUGGGAUCAAGACAGAUAUGAUGAUUAUUUCUUUACUAAAGGGCGCUGGACAUCGCUGCUGGAGCAGAACAGUACACCCAGUCCAGUACCAUCCUACCCAGCAAAGGGUGAAAACAAAAAGAGUGAUAACUCUGAAGUGUGGCAUGCUCUGUGUACUUAGACAAAUGGGAACAGUCCUCUCUUCUGGAGCAGACAGAGCAUCAUUACAGCUUUCCGUAUGCAAGUGUGCUCAUCUAUAUCAAUAUGGUAGCCCACUCAGAACAAAAUGACAAGAGGGGAGAGCAGCUUCUGCCUCAUUCUUGAGGUGGGAUGCCAUCCUGCGUUCUCUUCCUGGUGCAAGUUCCACCAAUUGAAGAGUCAGUAGUUUAUCGGUUAUUUGUCACAGAUCAUUCAUGCAAUCAAUCACAUCAAUAUAGUAAAGGCGACCAUCAGGGGUGUCAUACAUCAAAUCUGCAUAAACGUGUGACCAUUCUGUGUGCUGAAUAAAAGCAGACUCUGCCACUCUGAAAGGUGAUUUUCUGACUCCAAGAGUUGAGAAUUUGACCAUCUGAUAAAAAUUGGCAUACAGUAAACUGUCUGAAGAAGCGGACAGUGCCCCAUGAAACACGUUUAUGCAGAUUUGAUGUAUGACACACCUGAUGGUCACCUUUACAACACGGAUAUGAUUGAAUUAAAGACCUGUGAUGAAUAGCCAAUAAACUACUAACUCUUCAAUUGGGGGAACCUGCGUCAGGAAGGACUUUGAUUACAGCUGAACGCUUAAGGGUCCUACACAUUGGCCAAUCCGCCACCGAGCUGCCCGAUGGCAGAUACGGCCGACCCGGCGGCGGAGGGGCAGUGACUGGGGGAGUGAAGUUUCUUCACUCCCCCCAUCACCCGGCUGCAUUGAAGUGCAGGCAAAUAUGGACGAGAUCGUCCAUAUUGGCCUGCAUGUACAGCCGACGGGGGACCAGCGAUGAACGAGCGCGGGGCCGCGCGACGUUCAUCGCUGGAACCUCCACACUCAAAGAUAUGAACGGUAUCUCGUUCAUUUAUGAACGAGAUCGUUCAUAUCUUUGACUGAUGUCGGCCAGUGUGUAGGGCCUAUUAGGAAGAAGUUCUGGAUUCUUCUACUCCUCCUUCAAGGAGGCAAGAAUCACUAAUUGAUGUGAUUGGUUUUAUUGAGUGGAACGGGUGCUGAUCCCUAGUUUGCAUGUAUUCUCUAAUAAAUCAUCUCUUAACUGGC